AUGACGAACACGAACACCACCAUCCACUUUGACGAUGAUGUCGACCAAAUCCGCCGCGCUCGAUCCCGAGAAGUGACAAGUUCAGGUACCGACCUGAAUGGCGGCAUCGUGUUCUCGCGCACCGUUUCUACGGGCAGACACUCUCGUUCGCGUGGUCCUUCAAUGGAUAAGAUUCGUAGGACGAAAACGCUUGACGCCGAGAACCCAGAGGACUCUGGCCUGAACCGGCCUGGAGACUACAAACAAAAGCAAGUAUUCCGCGGAAGUCAACUCGCUUUCCUGGCAUAUCAGAGUAUCGGGGUCAUCUACGGUGACAUCGGAACGUCGCCACUAUACGUUUUUUCGAGUGUCUUCGGCAGCCAAGCGCCUGCGAGGGACGACUUGAUCGGAGUGCUGUCGCUUGUGAUCUGGUCUCUGACCUUGAUGGUGACAAUCAAGUACAUAUGCAUCAUUUUGAACGCUGACAAUCAGGGCGAGGGCGGCACGUUCAGCUGUUACUCUUUGCUUUCGAGAUAUGCCAACAUCACGAACCGCGAUCCGAGGGAGGAGCCGCUGGUCAAGAUCGAGCGCUACCAAACCAAUGAGAUGCACACGUCGAAUCUGCAAGUCCGCAACACUCUCGAGAAGUCGAAGUUCCUGAAGGGCCUUCUCAAGACGAUUGGCGUGUUGGCUGUGACCAUGGUCAUGUCUGAUGGUGUACUGACACCAGCCCAGUCUGUUCUCGGCGCUGUGCAAGGUCUGAACGUAGUGGUGCCCAACAUUACCAACGGCACGGUCGUGGGAGCGACAUGCGGCAUCCUUGUCCUGCUCUUCGUGAUUCAGCCAUUUGGCACGACCAAGAUUGGUGCGACAUUCGCACCGAUUAUUAUCAUCUGGCUGGGCGUGCUCGCCUCCUUCGGUAUUUAUAACCUGGUCUUGUACGACGCUGGAGUGUUCAAGGCGUUCAACCCUGGUGAAGCAUUCUCGUACCUCGUACGCCAUGGUACUGAUGGCUGGAAGUCUCUCGGAGGAGUUCUACUCGCCUUCACGGGAGUGGAGGCACUUUUCGCAGACCUUGGAGCCUUCUCCCUACGUGCGAUACAGAUCUCCUGGCUCGGCUGGUGUUACCCGUGCUUGCUGUUGGCGUACAUCGGCCAAGCAGCGUACAUCGCUGUUCAUCCAGAGGCCUACGCAUAUCCAGUAUUCUCGACUUGCCCACCAGGGACCUUGAUCUUCGUCCUCGUACUCGCAAUUCUGGCCGCUAUUGUCGCCUCUCAAGCCAUCAUCACUGCUACCUUUCAACUUCUCGCACAGAUCAUAAAACUGUCUUACUUUCCGCAGAUACAGGUCAAGCACACCUCUAAGGUCUAUCACAACCAGCUAUACGUACCUCUGGUCAACUACCUGCUCUGUAUUGGGACUGUGGCCGUAACCGCGGCAUACCAGAACACCACGUCCCUUGGUAACGCCUACGGAGUGUGUGUUAUGUUUGUCACGUUCUUCGACACGUGCAUGACCACUCUGGCCGCUCUGAUCGUCUGGAGGAUCCGGCCAUACUAUGUUAUCCUACCCUGGCUCAUCUUCGCCUGUUUCGAUGGCAGUUUCCUCUCAUCCUCGCUGUUGAAAGUCCCGGAUGGCGCUUGGUUCACGCUCACCCUAGCUGCAGUGUUAGCAGCUAUACUCAUUCUCUGGCGAUUUGGGAAGGAGCAGCAGUGGAGUGCCGAAAAGGAGGACCGUCAGCCCCUGGCGCACUUCGUGCGAGCUGACCAAGAUGGUGUAUACCGUCUGGUCGGCCACCAAGGAGGAAAAGGCGGUGAGCCUGUGUCCUUCAAUCGCGGCUUCGGAAUCUUUUUCGACAAGGGCGGCAUCAACACUCCGACCGCUUUCAGCCAGUUUAUAAACAAGCUCGUUUCUACGCCAGAGGUGAUCGUCUUCUUUCAUAUGAGACCGCUGGAAUACCCGACCGUACCGUCCGAUGAGCGAUUCGUAGUAUCUCAGAUCAAGUUCAUGCCAAACUGCUACCGAGUCAUCUGCCGACAUGGUUACAUGGACGAGAUUGUAACGGAAGACUUGGCAGGCAUCAUCUAUGGACAUCUGCGAGCCUACGUCACAGACAAGAACAACAGACGUCCUUCGCUCGACCAGGCGCGCAGGACCUCGUCUGCCCGCGAUGCUGGUGACGAUGACGAGAACAAGGUGCAGCUCGACGAUCACCUCGAGAAAUAUGGGCUUCAUGAGCAAGAUGCAGUUACACAGCAAUCUGAGAUACCGAGUCAGCUUACAUUAAGCCAGCUGCAGGAAGCUUACGACCAUCGAGUGCUGUAUGUGAUCGGAAAGGAGGAGAUGCACGUCAAGCGCGGUACUAGCAUCUGGCGUAAGCUUCUGCUGAAGACUUUCCUGUUCUUCCGUGAUAACACUCGGAAUAAGAUGGCCAAUUUGAAAGUACCAACUGACCGCCUGGUCGAGAUCGGCUUCUUGAAAGACGUCUGA